CCUGCGCGCGCGUGGGACUUCGGAGAGCAACUCCAGAGCCCGGGCGCGGUCGUCGCCUCUGGCCGGACCAUGGACUGGCGGGAGGCAGGCGCAGGGCGCUGGGGCCUCUGAGGCCCCUAGCCGGGCGCUCUUGCGUGCUCCGGCCUGCGCUCCGGACCUCCAGGGGCUUGGCGACCGCCUGUUCUUCGCCUAGACGGCGCCGGGGAGCAGAGGAUCUGCGCAUCGGGUCUCCAGGAUGUUUCCGUCUGAGAUGGGGACGCUGUGGCACCAUUGGUCCUCCGUGCUCAUCAGCCUGGCCGCCCUGUUCUCCAAAGUGACCGAAAGCCGCGGAACCUUGGAGAGCAUCCAGCGGUUCUCCCUGCUGCCCACCUACCUCCCGGUGAGCUAUCGCAUCAACAACGCGGACGUGUCCUUCUUCCUGAAGGAAGCCAACCAGGACAUCAUGAGGAACUCCAGCCUGCAGUCGCGGGUGGAGUCCUUCCUUGUUUACAAGUCCAGGAGGCUACCAGUUCUGAACGCCAGCUACGGCCCGUUCUCCAUCGAGCACGUGGUGCCCCAGGACUUGCUGCUGCCUUCCAACCCGUUCAGAGUCACCAACAAGUUCUCCCUCAACUGGAAGCUGAGAGCCUCCAUCAUGCGAGAGAAGAUCUACCUGAGCUGGCCCAAGGUGCAGGUGCUCUUCUCCCUGGUGGGCCGGGACUGGGACACACAGGGGGCCACGGACGCCCUGCCCUGCCUGCGGGUGUUUGCCUUCCGAGAGACCAGGGAGGUGAGGGGCAGCUGCCGGCUGCGGGGGGACCUGGGCCUCUGCGUGGCAGAGCUGGAGCUCCUGCCCAGCUGGUUCAGCGCCCCCACGGUGGUCGCCGGCAGGAGGAAGGCGGCCGAGCAGCCCGAGGGCAGCCCCGUGGAGCUCUACUACGCCAUGCAGCCGGGGGACGAGCGGGCCGACUGCAUCAAGGAAGAGUCACGGAAAAACAGUGGGGUCAAGGGAGGCCACAGUGACAUUGACGAAUCCAGCCCCCCCUUGCAUAGAAUAGGCAGCGUUUUCCUUUACCAGACCCAGGGGAAGCCUGUUUUCAGAGAGCUGCGCUUAGAUAGCAAUGUGGCCGUUCAUUAUGCACCCAAGACGGCUAGACAGGGAGAGGUGCUGACUUUUCCCAUCUCCAUCACUCAGAAUUCCACUGAAGAUCAUUUCACAUUGAGGGCAAAGGUGAAGAAAGGUGUGAGCAUCGUCGGGGUGAGAGCCAGCAGCCCUUCCAUUUGGGAAGUCAAGGAGAGCCCGGAGUACAAGGGGAAGUAUGCACCUGCUGUCAUCAUUUGUCAGAAGAUAUCUGCUGGCUUGGAAAACAGUGUGAACAGCGCCUCCCACGAAGUCAUGCAGAUCGACAUAGAAAUAGAAGAGCCGGGGGACCCGCCAGCCACACAGCUCGUCACGUGGCAGGUCGAAUACCCGGGAGAGGUCACAUCCGACUUGGGAGUGUCUAAGAUCUAUGUGGGCCAAAAGGAUUUGAUUGGAGUCGUCCCGCUCGCUAUGGAGGCGGAAAUCCUGAACACCGCCAUCCUCACCGGCAAGACGGUGGCAGUUCCGGUGCGGGUGGUCUCCGUGGAGGAGGACGGCUCGGUGGCGGAUCUGCUGGAGUCCGUGGAGUGCAGAUCAUCUGAUGAAGACGUGAUUAAGGUCUCUGACAGAUGCGACUACGUCUUCGUCAACGGGAAGGAAAUGAAAGGCAAAGUGGAUGUGGUGGUGGACUUCACCUACCAGCACCUGAGGGGUCCUCUGGAAAUGACGGUGUGGGUGCCCCGGCUCCCGCUGCAGAUCGAAGUCUCCGACACGGAGCUCAAUCAGAUCAAGGGCUGGAGGGUGCCCAUCGUCUCCAGCAAAAGGCCGGCUCGGGACAGCGAGGAAGAGGAUGAGGACGAGAGGAGGGGUCGAGGCUGCGCCCUCCAAUACCAGCACGCCAUGAUGCGGGUCUUGACACAGUUUGUGGCCGAGGCAGCCGGCCCAGGGGGGCACUUGGUGUACCUACUGGGCUCGGACUGGCAAGUGGACAUCACGGAGCUGGUGGACAACUUCAUGCAGGUGGAGGAGCCGAGGAUCGCCAAGCUGCAGGGGGGACAGGUCCUGAUCGGGCAGGAGCUCGGCAUGACCACCAUUCAGAUCCUGUCCCCACUGUCAGAUGCCAUCUUGGCCGAGAAGACCAUCACGGUGCUGGAUGAGAAGGUGACCAUCUCGGACCUCGGCGUGCAGCUGGUGACCGGCCUGUCCCUCUCCCUGCAGCUCAGCCCAGGGAGCAACAGAGCCAUCUUCGCCACUGUGGUGGCACAGGAACUUCUGCAAAGGCCCAAGCAGGAAGCAGCCAUCAGUUGCUGGGUCCAGUUCAGUGAUGGCUCGGUCACACCCUUGGAUAUUUAUGAUGGGAAAGACUUCUCCCUGAUGGUCACGUCUCUGGAUGAGAAGGUGGUCUCCAUCCACCAAGACCCCAGAUUCAAGUGGCCUAUAAUCACUGCUGAAACUGAAGGAGAGGGGGCUCUGGUGAAGGUCGAGAUGGUUAUCAGUGAGUCAUGCCAGAAAUCCAAACGGAGGAGUGUGCUGGCUGUCGGAACAGCAAACAUCAAAGUCAAAUUUGGCCAAAACGAUGCUAACCCCAACCCCAAUGAGAGCAGACACCCCGGGGCAGGGGUUCACCUGGAAAACAACGGCAGUGACCGGGGACCCAAGAAACCCAUGCGAGAAUGGGGCAGUCCAGGGGGACAGUACUACAGCAGUGUUUCCAUGGGCCUCAUGGAAGGAGGAGGCACCACGACAGACAGGUCAACCUUCCAGAAGAAGAAUGGCCAGGAAAGUCUUUUAGAGGAUGGCAGCCACCUGCAAACCAUCCCCGCUGACCUCACCAGCUUCCCAGCCCAGGUGGACCUCCCCAGCAGCCCUGGGGACAUGGCAGAGAAUGACCUCAUGCGGGAUUCCGGAGGGCUGAGUGACUUGGAAAUUGGGAUGUACGCUUUGUUGGGUGUCUUCUGCCUGGCCAUUCUGGUCUUCUUAAUAAAUUGUGUGACCUUUGCUUUGAAAUACAGGCACAAACAGGUUCCCUUCGAAGAGCAGGAAGCAAUGAGUCAUUCACAUGACUGGGUUGGGUUGAGCAACCGGACAGAGCUUUUGGAGAACCACAUUAACUUUGCCUCCUCCCAAGAUGAGCAAAUCACCGCCAUUGACAGGGGCAUGGAUUUCGAGGAGAGUAAAUAUCUCCUCAGCACAAAUUCCCAGAAAAGCAUCAACGGCCAGUUGUUCGAAGCUUCAGGACCCACAGUCACUGAUGGGAAAGAUCAGAAAAGUGAGCCCCCAACUUCCCCUACCUCGAAACGGAAAAGAGUGAAAUUUACCACGUUCACGACCAUCUCCUCGGACGAUGGGUGCCCCACCGUGAAGUCGGUUGCGAUGAGUCGUGAGGACGACGUUAAGUGGGUCUGCCAAGACCUGGACCCUGCGAACCGCAAGGAGCUACACAACUACAUGGAACGGUUACGCGAAAAUGCGUAGGCCGGACACACACACUCUUGUUCUCACUCACCUCUCGGCCUUUAAUUUGGGGGAUGUGUGGCUGCCGUUCACCCGGGGCAGACAUGAAAUGACAUGACCAUGCCGACGGGGCCCCAGAAAACAACCCCGGCUCAGCUGGGGUGGCCCCGAGUCAGAGCCGCUACACGCGUUCCUGCGUACAGCGUCUUACUCGAAGUUGAGGUUUAUCAUGCAUGGCAAGAUCUUUUAAACUUGGUACAAAAGUGAGCUCUGAAUCCCUGAGCUUCCGAGAGGCUCCAGAAAAGAACAGUCUUUCUCUCUCCCUUUAAUCAGAGCAAUUUGGAUAUUGUAAAAUCCACAUGGCUCCAACAGUCAAUAUUGCAGACUGUAGAAGAAAAACCAGUCCCAGGUUGAGCAUAAAUGGCUCAGUGGGAGGAAGUGUGCCACUGAAAUUGGAGCCGUGUCUCACACUGGGAGUGUGAUCAAAGGCACAGUUUAGCGCCACAUUCAGCUCUUAGGGGGCUCAACUAUGAGAUAUUGUCUCCCAAAGACUGGGUCAAAACUGGCCCAAGGUAUUGACAGAUGAAGGCAGUGGCUGACAAAGACUGAAAGGGAACAACUGGGCAAAUAGGCCACAAGUACCUUUGUGACUAGAAGCCAAUAACAACAACAGAAAUCCUCUCUGAGCAAUUCAGAGCUUUCUUUUAUUUGUAAACGAGGGAUGCUGGAUGUAGAAUUUCAAUCAGGUUCAAAGAACCAGGCUCUUCUUAGCAAGUUCAUUUGAACGAAUUCUCAUGUUUAAAUUUGCACAGGAUCCUGCAUUGCAUUGCCGCCUUUCCAAAAGCUGCUGGCCGUUUGUCGCGUGGGUGGGGGGUCAGUUUCCAGCUGGUUCGGGGCCUCUUUCUUUCCCCUGUGCUUUGUGUUCUAUAGAGAAGCACGCACUGGGCCUGCUUCACCGCAGGCCUGCCCUGAAGAGCUGGUCUUUGGGGUUCCGUGUGAAUUCAACACCACGGGAUGCUGACCCCCCCCCUCACUUUUCUAGAAGGAAGAGAGUCAUUUUGCUACGGGUCUGUCGCUGUUCCCUUUAUCUUCUAUCCAAGGGUUUGCCUUGAGCUGCAGAGACAAAUCUGGGUGGGGUGUGCAGGAUGCUAGGAGACUGGGACUGGGUGCGUCCGACGCGGGCCGGGCAGGAAGCCCCCCACACUGGCACGCACCCUCGGGCAUAAGGGGAAACUGCUCCACCUGGGGGGCGAGGGGGUGCACGAGGGGCUGGAGUAGGCCGUGGGGGUGUAGUGUACACACAUGCUCAGUUCUCGGGUCAGCUCUGAGCGUUUUAACCUGCUUGAAAUCAAAAUGACUCUUGGAAAUUCCUUGAAUCCCUCAGAUGAGAAGCCCAUAAAAACUGAGGGGGAGGGAGAGCUCUGCGGGUUCCAGCCCCAUCUCCUGCUCACUCCAAGGCAGGGAAUGUGGGUGGAGACUUGCCAGCCUUGACCCUCGGGGCGUGAGGGAGGGACGGCGGAGGGGCAGGAUGGGCCAGGCGGCUGGAUCCCUCUCUCUCCGUUUUCUUGUCUGCCACUUUGCCUCUUUAGAGCUCUCUUCAAUUUCUUUUUCUCCGCCUCCCUCAGUCUUUCUCUGCCUUUGUGUCUCGCUGAGUUGUGUCUGAUCCUGUCCCGCUCCCCUCCCCUCCCCCACCUUACCCUCUCUCCCCCUCCCUGUGCAUAUACUGGAAUUCUCCUAACCAGUGUGUGUGAAUUCACAGCUUACCCUGGAAACUUCACCUCUCUCCCCUCCAGCUGUGGUGCCGCCAGUGAACGUGGGGAGUCCGGCAGCCAGUAAGCCACCUAGUCUUGUGCCCACCUUGGCGUACCUUGUUUAGUUGGGUGAUUAAACUGUCGCCCCUUUUCAGUGAUCAUCCUUUGCUUCCAGCAGCCCCUCCUAUUUCCUUCCAUCCUGACCCGUGCUGUUCUGUUUAAUUCCGCAGCGGCCGCCCACUUCACACCCAUCUACAUGUGGAAUGUAUUGCAGAUUGUAAGAAUGUAAUCUAUAUUUAUAAACUU